GUGUUCCGUUUCGUAUUGCUGUGAGCGGCAGGUCGUCUUCGUUAGUCCGCCAACAAAGCAAGUAAAGGCUGCCAAAAUGACUCUCGUACAACCAGGCCCAGAGAUGCAGGCACUCAUCAGGAAGGAGUUGAACGAGAAUGUGAACACGAGACAACAAGACUUGACACACGUCAAAGAAUGGCUCGCAAAACAGCCUCACCUACCACAAUUUGAAGAUGAUCAGCGCAUCAUGACUUUCCUUCGCGGCUGCAAGUUUUCCCUGGAGAAGGUAAAGCGAAAGCUUGAUAUGUACUUCACCAUGAGGGCAGCAGUUCCUGAAUUCUUCAACGAUCGUGACGUCACGAGGCCAGAGCUGAAGGAAAUCCUUGAUGUUGUGCAUAUCCCGCCGCUGCCGGGGCUCACCCCCAGUGGGCGGCGCGUUGUCGUGUUGCGGGCCCGCAAAGAUGACAUCCUGUUGAAGUGCAACGUGUGGGAAGGCGCGAAGCUUAUUCUCAUGAUUGGCGACAUAAGGCUCAAGGAGGAAGAGGUCGGCGUUGCGGGAGAUGUGUACGUUCUGGACGCCUCCAUAGCCACUCCUGCACUCUUAACCAAGUUCAGCCCCUCACUCAUCAAGAAGUUUCUUGUCUGCGUCCAGGAGGCGUACCCAGUGAAACUGAAGGAGGUUCAUGUAGUGAACGUGUCUCCUAUUGUGGAUACCAUCGUCAACUUUGUGAAGCCGUUCCUGAAGGAAAAGACACGGAACAGGAUAUAUAUGCACACGGGACUGGAAUCGCUUUACAAGUACGUCCCCAAGGAAGUGUUGCCAGAGGAAUACGGAGGUUACGCAGGUACAUUAGACGUCUUUCACGAUCAAUGGGUGAAGAAGAUGGAGAGCUACCGAGGCUGGUUCAAAGAGCAGGAGUCAGUUAAGGCGGACGAGUCAAGGAGACCGGGAAAGCCAAAAACGCAGGAUGACCUGUUCGGCUUGCAGGGCUCCUUCAGACAGCUGAUUAUCGUACUGCCGCUGGGGCACGCAUCAGACCUUCACACGCUAAGUGCUGAACUGGAUGCAAUAGCCCAUAAAGACUUGAAGGAGGACCCGAACAGAAUUCAAGAAGACUUAGAGCAUAUCAGAGAUGGGCUGACCAAACAACCACACCUCAUAGCCGGAACAGAUUCACAAUGGUUGAUGACAAUGCUGCGUGGCUGUAAGUUCUCAAUGGAGCGCGUCAGGACAAAGAUGGACAUGUUCUACACACUGAGGACGGUUCUACCUGAGUUCUUCACGUGCCGUGACCCAUGUUGCCCGAACUCCAACGCAUCCUCAAAUUAUGGUGAGAAUUAUUUUGAUCGACUGCAGUUGCCACUGCCUGAGCCAGGCGAUCGAGGGCGGCGCGUAAUCCUCAUGAGGAUCGGCGUGCACAACCCUGACGAAGUGAAAACUGUGGACAUAUUCAAAGUGAAUAUGAUGAUUAUUGACAUCCUGGUUGAAGAGGACGACAGACAAGACAACAUGGCGAUCCGCACACUGAGUGCCGACCUUGAAGCAAUAGCUCGUCAGGAGUUGAACGAGGAUCCUGCCAGAUUGGAAGCAGAUUUGAAGCACAUAAGGGAAUGGUUGGCCAAACAACCGCACCUCACGGCCAGAACAGAUUCACAAUGGCUAACAACAUUCCUGCGCGGCUGUAAAUUCUCCCUGGAGCGCACCAAGACCAAAAUGGACAUGUAUUACACUCUGAGAACUGCGUUACCGGAAAUAUUCACGAAUCGUGACCCAAUGCUGCCUGAGAUUCAACAUAUUCUCAAGUUAGGAAUAUUCUUACCACUGCCGUUGCCAGAUGAGCUGGGGAGGCGCGUGAUCCUGAUGAGGAGUGGCAUUUACCGUCCUGAAGAAGUCGCGAUUCUAAACCUGUUCAAAACAAAUAUGAUGCUUGCAGACGUCCUACUGGAUGAGGACGAUCGCGCUUCCAUCUGCGGUACAGUAAAUGUGAUGGACCAUUCCAACUUGACUAUGGCCCAUAUGUCUCAGUUCAGUCCGUUUCUAGUGAAGAAGAUGACUACACUCUUCCAGGACGGUUACCCGAUUCGUCCCAAAGGCAUGAACCACAUCAACAUGAACGCAGCCUUCACUACUGUGUUCAACCUGUUCAAGUCGUUCAUGAAGGAGAAGAUGAGGAAAAGGUUGUAUGUCCACCCCGACAUGGAAUCCUUAUAUAAAACAGUCCCGAAAAGACUUUUGCCCCUGGAAUACGGAGGAGAAGCUGGCCCGCUGGACGAGCUGAUAGAGGAAUGGAAGAAGAAAGUUGAAGCUCGGCGUAGCUGGUUCAUUGAGGGCGAAAAAUAUCGUUCGGACGAGAAGAAACGACCCGGGGGCCGACCGAAGACUCAAGAGGAUCUGUUCGGAUUGGAAGGCUCCUUCAGGCAAUUGAACGUCGACUAGGAUCUACAAAAUCAAAAUUAAAAUUAAAAUUAAAUUAUAUUCAGACAGUAAAAUAUUAUAACAAUCUGGGCUUCUUAUAGGGAAUAAUUUGCAUUUUCAUGUAUGAAUUCCAUUUAAUUUCAUGUGGCUCUCUGGAAAUAAAUUUUGAACAUUUCAGUAACUAAUUAAAUGCAAUAGAGAUUCUGGAAAUCUAACAGCCGUUUAGCUACAGAAGAAAUCCUUCGCUUUCUGCAUAAACCGGAGGAAAAUUACCAUGCUCACACGAGCUGGCAACUGGAGGCUACUUCAAUCCAGUCCAUCCU